UGAAAGGUCGUCGGUAGAAACACCUCUGAGAGUAAUUUUAGCAUUUUUCUUAUUUAAACUCUGAAAAUGACAUUGUUUGUAGAAAAAUAGUUUUUCUAUUGGUCAUCGGCUGUAUUUAAAAGGAAUUUCACGGUGUGUCAAAAAAAACUCUUUGAAAACAAGUUGACUCCCGAACUGCGUUCAUUACCAUGUUUAAUUUAUAGACAGAGACUAAGAGAACGAAAGUGUAUUUUUUGAUGAUUUUAUUGUUUUGUAUCAACAAACUGGAACAAUUAUUUUUAUAUCACAUAAAAAUAAUUAACUGACAGCAACUUGAAGCUCUGAUGCCAGUGUCAUUUGCAUAAUGGAUUAUGGAAAAUUAAUGAAUUAUUAUUGAAGAAAGGCCAGUCUGACAGUCAAGGAAAAGUUUGUUGGGUGAAGCGUCUAUGAGAUUGACAUUUUCAGAAAUGAACAGUAACUGUGGUACUCUUGUACUGACACUGGUUCUAACACUGGGAGUAUACGAUGGAUUUUGUAUGCUAGAUGAAUCGAAGGCGUAUUUAGAGCCUGAAAAUCAAGUGAAGAAAGUAGGCGACGAAGGACAGUUCAAAUGUAGGUCACCUGCUGAGUAUUCUUUAACAAAUCCAGAUAUUUCCUUCAUCUUGGAGCAUAAUGGAACAUUGAUAGAUAAAAGGGAGAGCGCUGAUAAGAGAACAGAUGGAAAGUUCGACUGGGCGAUUUUCAAGAUAAUGAGCCUUAAGAGAGAAGAUGCAGGGACGUAUAAAUGCAUUAUAGAUGCUGGUGGUGGUGUGAAUGUAACAGCAGAGAGUAAACUGUUUGUAAUUGAAGAUGAUCAUAGACCUAUCUUUGUGAAGGACGGAGACUCUUCAACUGUGAAAUGUUUUAACUCCACAUCCCUUGGCUUUGUACCUUAUGUUGAAUGUCUUUGGGGAGAUAAAAAAAUCUGUCACAGUAAAGUGUCCUGUUGUUCCAUAAAAGCUGAAAAGGAUAAUGCCCUCAAACCCAUCACUUGUAAAGUGACGUCCAAAGCUGCCUUUGACAAAAAUAAAAAAUUUGAUAAUGAAUCAUCUGCUGAACUUAAGAAAGAAGUUUCUGUGGUCAGUUGGAAUGCAUGUGAAGAAUUUCCCUGUACGUUAAAAGCCAAUGUAUAUGGCGUAACACCAGUAACACCAGUUCAAAUAUCUUGGAGUAUGGCUGGGAUAAACAUCUCAUCAACAGAAAAAGAAAUAAGCUCAAUGAUAAAAUCUACAACAGAUCCCAUCAACAGUACUGGAGUAGUACUCCUGACUGUCUCAGGAGGGCGAGCAAAGCAGUCUUGGAAUAUUUCAAUGGGUAAAAAUUAUUUAUCAUCUACUACAUUAAUGCUAUUUUUGGUUGCCAAUAGUGGGUAGAAUAUUUGUUUUUAUCUUGAAAGAAUCA